UAAAAGCGCAUCCAGCAAGUCUCUUGGUCGGAUGCGUUAAUCCCGAUUGAUGCACAGCUUAACCCUGGUUUCUCUCUCACACACACACACGCACGCACGCACACACACCAGAUGUCCUCUCACUCUCAUCACCUUUGAGCAAGCCCCCUGUGUGAGGGAAGGACGGGAGGAACAAAAAAGAAAAAAAAAGAGAGAGAGAGCGAGAGAUGAGAAGCCGGACGAUAGAUGAGUGUCAUCACCAGAGCUUCAGAAAACUCUCGUGGAGCCACAGGCAACGGAGCGGCACGGGACCACAGAAGAACAACAAAUUGGGGAGCUCCUCCUCAGUUGCCGGCGAUAUAUCUGUCAACAAAAACACGGCAGAGUAGAAGAAGAAAAAGGCUGCGGGCGUCCUCACCAGGACCGGACCUGGUGAUGCAUCUGUAGACAAGAGGCAGCGGGAGAAGAAGAAGAAAGUUGGGGCUUCCUCCUCCUCACUUCUUGGCCAUCUAUCUGCAAACCGAAGAAGAAGCAGAGAAAAUUUGGAGUUCCUCCUCAGCAGGACAUCUGACCACGAAGCAGCGUUUUGCUCACCGAGGUUGACAAUGAGGUUGUGCAGCCAAAGUCCGCUCCCGUUGUCGGCGCUGCAGAUGCUCUUCAUAUGAUCCGUGGUGCCGGUCACGUCCUCUCCAGGGAAGCCUCCAGAAUGUUUCCACUUGUUCUGAUUUUACUGCCGUCGCUGGCCAGGGGGCAGGUGACCGCCGACGCCAGGAACGUCAGCGAUUUGCUGGACGCCAGCUCGCCUGAACCUUCGAGCGCCUCCUCGGACCCGGGCGGCGCGGCGGGUACCUCGGAAGCUCCGCCGCAGGAUGACUGGUCAGCGGCGGAGAGCUUCCUGUACACGGGGGACUCAUCCGCUGCGGGGGUGGCGCGCUGCUCUCGGGCCUACAGCGCCCCCGCGCAGCCGGGGCCGCUUCCCGGGGGCAUGCGCGCCGCCCUCGGGCCGGCCCUGGACGCGCUGGCCAACACGGCCAACUUCCUCAACAUGAUCUUCCAGGCCAGCGACCUGCGCGAGAGCUCCGUUCCCGAAGACAUGGAGUGGUACCAUGCCCUGGUCCGAGCCCUGCUGGAAGCCGGCGGGCCGAUCCGCCGGGCGCUGCUCACCUUCGACUGCGAUCCGACCGGCGGCGCCCCCCAACUGGUGCUGCGGGCCAGCCGCGGCCCCCCGACGGGGGCGCCCAGCGUCCUCCUCCAGGACUUGUCCAAGACGUGGGACCGCCUGCACCCGCCCCCACCGGCCCCGGACGACGGCUGGUUCCGGCGCUUCAAGUUCCCCGACCCCGCGCGGCCGCCCGCGCUCGCCAAGAGGGUCCUGCUCAACGACCUGAGCACCUUGGAGACGCCCAAGUGGGGGCGGGGGGACAGCUACGUGAGCAACAGGAGCGGCGUCCGCUGGGGCCCCGCCCCUUACCUGGACUGCAAAGACGGCCACUUCGCGCCCAGGUGGAUGCUCACCUUGUCCGCCGCCUUCUAUGGCCUCAAGCCCGACCUCAGCCCCGAGUUCAGGGGUGUGAUCCGCGUGGACGUGGACAUCCAGGACAUGGACGUGGACCAGUGCACCACCCAGGACGGAUGGUUUGCCGACACGCACCAGUGCAACCGCACCAGCAUGGAGUGCGUGCCGAUCAGCGGGCGAGGCUUCCGGCUGGGUCAGUACUGCUGCCGCUGCAAAGACGGAUACUACAACCCGGACGAUCAGGACGCAGAUGCCAGCGAUGACGGUGGCAGCGCCUGUUUCCCAUCCUUGCCGGUGUGCGCGCCCUGCUGGCCGGGUUGCGGGAGAUGCCGGGACGGCGCCCCCUGUCGGGUGCGGGAGGACGGGCCCCUGAGGGCCGCCAUCAUGGCCGCCCAGGGGACCUUGAUGGCGCUGGUUUUUGUCAGCAUGCUGGCCGCCUACCGACAUCGCAGGAACAGGAGGAUUCGUGCGUCGGGCCUCCUGUUGCUGGAGGCCAUCCUCUUUGGUUCGCUGCUCCUCUACUUCCCGGUGUUCAUCUUGUACUUCAAGCCGAGCACCUUCAGGUGCAUCCUGCUUCGCUGGGUCCGCAUGUUGGGCUUUUCCAUCGUCUACGGCACGCUCACUCUCAAAAUGUACAGGGUUCUGAAGGUGUUCCUGUCGCGCACGGCCCACCGGGUUCCCUACAUGUCCAGCGUGCACCUGCUGAGGAUGCUGGGCGUCAUGCUGAUGACGGCCAGCUGGUUCCUGUGCGCCUGGACGGUGGCCGUCCUCCAGAACCGAGACAGGAACAUUCCCGUCAUCGUCAGCACCACCACAGCGCGGGGUCAGGGUUUCGACCUUUGCUACCUGGACCGCUGGGACUACAUGAUGGCCGUUGCCGAGCUUCUGUUCCUGUGCUGGGGCAGUUCCCUAUGGGCCGCCGUCCGGCCGGUGCCCUCGGCCUUCCACGAGCCUCGCUACAUGGGCAUCGCCAUCCACAACGAGCUGCUCCUCUCCACAUUGUUCCACCUGUGCCGGUUUACGUUUCCUUCUAUGCAUCCCGACUGGAUGCUACUGCUCUCCUUCGCACACACCCACGUGACCGUCACCGUGACACUAGGCCUGAUCUUCAUCCCCAAGUUCCUGCACACGAGCAAAGCCGGCAGGGAGGAGAUCGCCGCCGAGGUGUAUGAGGACGAGGUGGACCUGCGCCGUUCUUACCUCAACAGCAGCUUUCGCUCAGCGUGGAGCGAGCGCAGUGUGGACCCCGAUGACUUUCGGGAUGAGCUCAAGAGAUUAUACGCCCAGUUGGAAGUCAACAAUGCCAAAAAGAUGACGGCAAACAACCCUCACCUGUCAAAGAAGCCGAGUUCUCGAUGCGCCUUGGGUCGAUCAAUUAUCAAGCGUCUCGCCGAGAUCCCACUGAGCCGGCGGUGCAGUCGCGAGGACCGAGACGGAUCCUUCCGGAGCAGGAAUCACUCCGGGUCUUUCAGGAGAACCCCAGACAACCUCAGCAUCAGGGGUUCCAUGAAGUCCAGAUCCCCAUCGCUACGCAAGUCCCAGUGCGAUCAUUAUUUCAUGCGGGAGAGGGACUCUUCCUUGCGAGGUUCCUCCAGGCUCGGGGCCGACGUUGUGAAAAGAUCUUCCCAAAGAUCAGAGACGGACUCUUUUGAGAUGCGCCCGGCAGUCUGCAAAUCGGUUAGCGCCCAAAAUCUGACCAUCGAUACCAAUUUCUUGCACCUCCCAGAUCACACCAGGCUUCACAAGUCGUGGAGUCUCACAUCCACUCACUCCAUGGAGAACACAUCCAAGGGCAACGGAUCCAGCCUCUCCAUUGGCGAACAGACCAGGAGUGCGCUACAGUCGGAGUCUUUUGACAAGGCUGAGGUUUGUCCUUGGGAGGUGGCGCAGGAACAAUCAGGCGAGAAGAGCCACAAGCGUGUCACCUACGCCAACUCGCCGGAGGACGAGCCGCAAAGUCCGUCCUCGCCGGUUGCUCUCGUCUGUCCCUGGGACCAUUUACCGCCUGCGAAGAAUGACCUGUCGCUAGACAAAGGGGACGCCGAGUGCCCCGAAGUCCCAGUAUCAGCAAGUGCACCGGGAUCUCCUAGACCAAAAGCCAAUAAAGAACAUAGGGUUUUUUCCUUCCGGAACCCCACCACCAAGUGGCUCUCUGUUAAAUCCAUCAUGGCAUCGGUGGAAGCGGCUGGCAAAUGGAGCAAGGAUGAAACCUUAAAUAGAGAGGGCGAACAAAAAAGCCAAGAAAGCGGCUCGACGCCAUGCAGGUCGGCAACGUCCAGUCGGCGUCCAAGCAUGGAGAAGAGGACACUGCAGAAGAGAAGCAUGACAACCGCAGAUGGGAAACCAUGUCUCGUAAAGCAGAACGCCAUCAGACUGUCCUCUGGGGAUUCAUCUGACAGGAGUCCCAGAAGGUUGGUGAUUGUCAGGUCGGCCAUCUAUCCGGUAGAUGGGGACGACGCGCCAAAGGACGGAACGCACGAAAAUCUAUACCUGUCCAGGCACAGCAGUAAACGAAGCAGCAUCAGCUCCUGCAGCUCGAGGACACCAUCAACUCACAGAAGAGGAAGUAAACGAAUGGCAGCACCGGUAUCGAAAACUGUCUCAAACACAGAUGCUUGUCCACGGGACAGACUUGUGGAGGCGGCAAAGAAGCACCAUAGCCUGAAAGCAGACGUUUGCCCGUGGGAAACGGUAACAUCCCAACGAACCGGCGUGUGUCCUUGGGAAUCUCAACAGCAAGAGACGGUGACAAGGCAGGACAGUGGCCGGGGGGAUGUGUGUCCAUGGGAGUCCCAAGAUUUCCCGGAACGUUCGGACGUCAAAGCGGCAAAGACGCAACUGUCUCUGAAGAGAUCCGCUGACGUUUGUCCCUGGGAGGCGGCAGAAACUCCCGUACCCGUCAUCAAACAAGAUAGCAAGUAUGCCGACGUUUGCCCUUGGGAAACGGAGACUGUGUAUGAGAACGUAAAUCCUGUGCAGACGAAGGGAUCCCUCAAGGUACCCUCGCGGCACGAAGCGACAAAAGCUGCCGUCUUCCCCGGGGCGUCAAAAGACCAGCUUCCUAAAUCUCCUGCUCGGCAUCUGGAGCGGAGAAUGGCGGAGAGGGAAGAAAGUUGUAAGUGGGACUUCCCAGACCCGCCAAAAAUGAUGGAUGACAUUCGUCUUCUGGAGGACGGGGAAGCAGAACAAAGGGUCUCCCCUUCGCAAAUGACAAUCAAGGCCGAUAUCUGUCCCAGGGAUGCUGGACAACAGGACAAACUGAAGGCCCCACAAAAAGCCAACUUGCCCCUGGAUGCCCAAAAAGAGGCACCGAGCGUUAGAGGAAAUAUUUGCCCCUGGGAGACUGAAACGUCAGAUUCCGCAAAAACAGAGCUCUUGAACUGGCCCCAAAACGGCAGACAAAAUAGCGGCCGUUCAAAAGUCUGCCUGUGGGAAAGUGAGGACACCGCAACGGUCAAAAUGGGGGCAUCGCAUGGAGGAAGAAUCGAGAACUGGAAUGUUGGCCACGGGCAGGACGGCGCUCGUGGGGAUGUUUGUCCUUGGGAGACAAAAGAACCAAAGGGCCUGAAAAACAAGGACAGUUCUCGAGAAAGUGUUUGUCCGUGGGAGACGGAACAAGCACAUUCUGCUCAAAGGCAAGACCAAACAAGCGGAGACGUUUGUCCUUGGAGGACAGAUGAGCCAAAUGUCCUGAGAAAGCAGGACAGUUCUCGGGAAAACGUUUGUCCAUGGGAGACAGGAGAACCAAAGGCCCUCAAAAAGCAGGACACUUCUCGGGAAAACCUUUGUCCAUGGGAGAAAGAGGAACCAAAAGUUCUCAAGAAGCAGGACAGCUCUCGGGCUAGCGUCUGCCCGUGGGAGACUGAGGACACUGCAGUGCUCGAAAAGGAAGAACGUUUACGUCCCCGUGUUUGCCCGUGGGAAACGGGAGCAGCAAGAGGGAUUAAAGACCAGAGCGACCCCGGUACUCAGGAUUGUCCCGGCGAUAUGCCGCACCGCCAAACAUCGAGCUUCUCCGGCAGCGACAAAGAAAACGUACCGGAUAACCGGGCCGUAAAGACGGAGGAGCCGUCGGAGGAGCCGUCGGAGGAGCCGUCAGACGAGGCGAAAGCCAGCUUGGCGCUGGGCCGCCGUGACGCCUUGUGCCCCUGGGAGAUGGAUCCAAGUGGCUUGGGAUCCUUCACGGACAACAACUCUGACGUUUUCACAUGGGAGCCUGAGAACAUCCCUGAGGAAGACGAGGAAGACGAUGCCGAAUGCGCCGCAGAAGCGCUCAUAUUCCCUCCUGACUUGUGA